GGAUUAAAAAUGGAAUGUGACUAUAGAGCCUAGAUUGGAGAGCAUGGAAAAGACAUCACCGGCAGCAGCAAACACCCAGGCACUCCGCGCACAGACGUUUUCCGUGCUUCAGCAGCCUGCUCCUGUCAAAGCUGUUGUCCCUAGCUUUGAAAUCAUGGCAGCUGAUGUUUACAAGAAGAAAGGUGGAGAUAUGCUCAAUGGCUCCUUGGUCCCAGCUGACAGGCCGCAUGCCGAGAGGGCAGAGAGUCCUACGCCAGGACUGGCUCAGGGAACGGAACCAGGGGCCGGCCAAGAGGGAGCCAUGUUUGUUCAUGCGAAGUCCUAUGAGGAUCUAAUUGGUGCAGAUCACCAAGAUGCAACCCCUCAGAGCCCAGAUGAGGAGGAAGAAUCCCAGGCUGACCAGACAAAGAUGGAGGAAAUCAGCAAGGACUUCAGUGAGCUGAGCACCCAGCUUACUGGCAUCCCAGUGGACGUGGAAGAAGAGAUAAGACAAAGUGGAGAGGACAAGGAGGAUUUCUUGCCACAGGUCUCGCGCCGAGAUUCAGUUCUGUCAGGGAAGGAGGAAGAAGAUAUAACUAUGGAGGCCUGGCGUAUGCAUCAGAAGCAUGUUUUUGUACUAAGUGAGGCAGGCAAGCCGGUGUACUCUCGGUAUGGGUCUGAAGAGGCCCUGUCCAGUACCAUGGGAGUGAUGAUGGCUCUAGUGUCCUUCCUAGAAGCUGAGAAGAAUGCCAUCAGAUCUAUUCAUGCAGAUGGCUACAAGGUGGUGUUUGUACGCCGGAGUCCCCUGGUGCUGGUCGCUGUGGCGCAGACCCGGCAGUCUGAGCAAGAAAUUGCUCAAGAGCUCCUUUACAUCUAUUAUCAGAUAGUCAGCCUUUUGACAUGGACCCAGCUCAACCGCAUCUUCCAGCAAAAGCAAAACUAUGACCUGAGGAGAUUGCUGGCCGGCUCUGAACGCAUCACUGACAACUUGCUGGAAUUGAUGGCUAAGGACCCCAGUUUUCUGAUGGGCGCUGCUCGUUGCCUGCCUAUGGCCUCAGGAGUCAGGGAUGCUGUGAGCGCCUGCCUCCAGCACGCCAAAGCCAAAAGCCUGGUGUUUGCCAUCCUGCUUUCCAAGAACCAGCUGGUGACUUUGGUGAGGAAAAGGGACCAGUUCCUGCACCCGAUUGAUUUGCACUUACUCUUUAAUCUCAUCAGCUCCUCUUCAUCUUUUAGAGAAGGAGAAGCGUGGACUCCCAUCUGUUUGCCCAAGUUCAACUCCAGUGGUUUCUUCCAUGCCCACAUUUCCUACUUGGAACAGGACACAGACUUGUGUCUUGUCCUGAUCUCCACUGACCGCGAGGACUUCUUUACCGUUUCUGACUGUAAGCGCAGAUUCCAGGAACGCCUGAAGAAGCGUGGUGUUUAUCAUCCUCUCUUGGAGGCACUGCGCACCCCUUUCUACAGUGUCUUCCAAGUGGGAAUACCAGACCUACGACACUUCAUCUACAAGUCAAAGAGUUCGGGGCUCUUCACUGGCCCAGAGAUUGAUGCUCCCUACAUCACUGAAGAGGAAAAGGAGAGACUUCUGGGAUUGUAUCAGUAUUUACACAGCCGAGCCCAUAAUUCCUCUCGUCCUCUGAGUAACAUCUAUUACACUGGAUCAAAUGAAAAUCUCCUGGCUUGGGUGACCAGUGCUUUUGAGCUGUACGUCUGCUUUAGCCCCCUGGCAACCAAAGCAGCAGCUGUCAGUGCUGUCAACAAACUUAUGAAGUGGAUACGCAAGGAGGAGGACCGGCUCUUUAUAUUAGCUCCCCAGACAUACUGACCACUGUGCCCCAUUCUAUCUGAUCAGCACAUAUUGAGUUUCUUCUUCUCCAUCUAGUGAAUGCCCCAAGGAACUUCCUCACACCUCUCUGUCUCUCUCUCUCUCUCUCUGUGUAUGGUAGAUUUGCCUCAUAGAUAUAAGGGAGAGCUGGGUCGUCAGAUAGCAGAACUUUCUACCUGCAUUUGAGAAGGAGAGUUGAACUUCAGUUUACACUAGAUUUUGAUACUAAGUUUUCUGCAUCUGGAACAGAACAUGGACCUGAUGUCCUCAUACAAGUCUCUGCUGAGAUUUCUUUCAUCCUAGAUUGUCCCUUUUCCCACUUCUUCCACUUUUGGGGGGUGGGACAGACUGAUUUAAUCAAACCCAGUCCUUAUCUCCAUGACCCAUUUUCUUUCCUUUUCAUUCCAGUAAUAGGCAAUGUUUUCCACUACAUUUGCCUGCAGGGUACACAGGACUGACGGUGCAAUUAGAUGGCUCAGUUAUCCUGGCCUGGAUUGGUCAUGCUAAACAGGUUUCAUUUGGACAUAUGGAUCAACAAAACCACACCUCAGAGCCUUAUUAAUUCAAGAUAAAAAUUGGCAAAAUGCAUUUUAACAUGGACACAACACUACCAACUACUGGAGGUCUGUUGGUGUCAAUAGUUGGAACUAUAUGUGGCAAUGCACAGAGACCCACCUAAAAAUGGUCUGAGAUCCACAAGUGGACCAUGGCCUGAAGUACGAUACACCCAGCUAUAAACAGUACAUGCAUCGCUACCCUGGGGUUUAGCUUGUCCUAGGAUCAACCCUGAUGUAAAAGAGGUGAUAAGGUCCAUUCCUUCUCUAACAUCACUAUUGGACUGGACAGUAGGAAGGUAUGUGAGCCACACCUACCCUGUUUCCCAUCAGUACCAUUAAGGACCACAACCAACCCUUUUUUUUUCUUUUCUUUUCUAAAGGCUGUUUCAGAUGAGAUGUCUUUAAAUUGGGCAAUCACAUUCUCUAGAA